CCACAUGAUCGCGCGCAGCCUCCCAUGUCUGAGCCACGACGGUCGACGAGGGCGCGCACGCGCGAGGAGGCGGCGGCUGCUCCCCCUCCCCCAGAGACGCCCAAAGAGACGCCGAGCAAGCAAGCUGCAAAGUCGCUGAAGCGCAAACGGACGAGUCUCAUCCCCGCCGAUGAACCAACUCCGACAACACCAGCUGCAGAGACUUCGCAGCCGCAGGCCCCGAAGCUGGUGUUGCCAAUCCGAGUCGUCGAUGGCCAGCCGCUCCCAACGCUCUCCGAGCCGCAGCCCCUCGACCUCCCGUCGCAGGAAUACCAGGACAUACAGCAGAGCGGCGUGCUGAGCGCCUCCCUCCAGCGAUCGCGCGCAGUAUGGAUAUCUGGCGUGAACUUCAGGCUGUUCCAUGCCCUCUUCACCCCGCCGAAGAAGGUGGCCGAUCGCAGCGAGGAGGAUAAGCAGAACGUUCAGCGGCAGAAGGAAAUUGUGCGCAACUUCCCUCUGGUGGGAGAGGCACAGCUGGUGAUAGAACCGCACACAUUCACCAUCCGGCUCUACGGCCCGCGAGAGGCGGUCAGGCAGGUGCAGAAGAAGGCGCCCACGUACGGGCAAUGGCCGAACCACAACCAGCAGAGCCCAUACCAAUACAAUCAUGCUCCACCAGCAUCAUACCCGAACACGCCGCAACAGCGACCCUCUCAGCCCAAGCCGCCGCCGCCGAAAGCGCCCGCUCCCGCGCCGAACACAAAAACUCCCACACCAGCGCCUGACCCCGUCAUACACAUGUUGGCCCAGCGAGCCGGUCAGGAUCCAGAGCUGAAAGCGGUAAUGAAGAUUGUCGCCGCGGGACAGGCCACCAAAGAACAGCUCGAGUUCUUCCAGGGCCACAUCAGCGAGCUGACAAACAUACUGCAGAAGCAGAAGGAGGCAGCGGCGAAAGCGCCAGCACCUCCUCCUCCUCCUCCCCCACCACCACAACCCGCUAUUGCCCCUCCCCCUCCGCAGCCUAUUUCACAACCAGUACAACCGGUGCAGCUGCAGCCACAGAAUGUCCCAAAGUCAUACAGCUCUGCUCCUCCACAAGCACAUCAGCCGCAAAUGACCCCAGCGCCGCCGCAGCACCCGCCGCAUCCGAACCAGUAUACAUAUAGCCAGCCGCAGCAGUACCAGCAAGCGCAGCACGCGCCCCAAUACCAGGCUCCUAAGACCUACCGGCCCCUUAUCUUCGACUUCGUGGAGGGCAACGGGGACAAGUUCUACUUCCCUUCUUAUAGCUUCAUGGAGUGGCUUCCCAACCAUCAAGGAGCCAAGUUCUCAUUUCUAGUCACUAAGCUGAAGCCAAAGCUGAAGGCGGAAGCGAAGACAAACACGCCUUCGACGCCAGGCCCGAAAGCCGCGCCGAGCUCCACCCCAGGCCCGACUCCAUCUGCCACUCCGAAUGUUCCCAUGGCGGGCAAUGGGAAUCCAACGCCGAACCAGAACACCCCUACCCCAACUCCGCUUCAGAUGGCGACGCCAGCGCCAGUAACACCGUACGUGCCGCCGCCCCGAAUUGAAGACUACGACGAGAAGAACGAUAUGAAAGACGUCGACUUCUACCAACCCGUCACCGUCCUCGUCUUUAGUGGCAAUCCGGAAAUAUUGCAAUCACUGCCUCGCGCCCUUCGUCCACCAGAUGUGGUGGAUAAAUACAUGAAUGAGGUGUUCGACACUUGCAGGAGGGCCGACGAGACCUAUCUAGCGUUCAGGCUGCCGAAGGAGGGUGGCGCAGACGCGGAGGUUGAGGAGAAGAGGACUAAGAGCGGUGAUGUGACGCCCGCGGUUUCCACACCAAUGGCAGAUGUGGUGAUGGGAGGGAUGGGCGCGAUUCUGGAAAAGAAGAAGCCCGUUGGGCGUCCGAGGAAGAGCUUGGUGUAGACAUGUGUUGCGGGGAGCGGGGUACGACCGAGCGUUCCUCACGUCACUUCUGUCUGGGAUGAUAGCGGCUGCAGACAGAAUAUUACGUCCUUCCCGAUAUUGUUAGGAUCAAGGAUUGAAUGUACGAAUAGGUUGCAUAUGUGGGAGGCUUCCCAACAAGACGCAUGAGUAAUAUGUCUCGGAGGGGAACAUUAGUGAGGAUGUUGAUACCCAGCAUAUACACAUCUCCUAUCGACAGCUCAAUUUCAGACUACGACUGGAUCAAUAUCUCAUCGAUAGAGCCCAGUCAAGUUAAAGAUUCCAGCUUUCACAGCACUCACAGAACCCCAAUCCUCCCGUGACUUCCUCCGAGUCCCAGUCAAUUUCUGCGGGCUCUAAGGAUACCUCGU